CCAUUACUACAACAUCGGGAAAGCAGUGCACGAGUACGGAACGCUUCCACACAGCUCUGUCGGAAAGAAAAAGGAGAACUAGAUGAUAUUUCCGUUGUACUUUCAUCAGGAUUUAAUUACUCCAUCGUACAACAAACAUGCCAAACUUGUCCGGUGACAAAUCAAUGUAUGAGCGUUUGCUAGGAUCGGGUGGUUCUGAUAUGAAUAUGUCUUGGCUUUGUUCGCAUGCAAUACCCGAAGAUAGUGCCAUCGAGAUGAAAAAAAGCGAUAGUAAUAGAGGGAAAGCACAGUGGCUCCGAAAGACGAGAGAGAGUGCUGCUCGAUCGAAAACUGUGAUUUGGGGUCCCACUCAUUCGUUCAGUAGCGAUGAAGCUGAUGAGGCAUCAAACAAACCUAAAGUCUUGUAUGGAGAGGAAAACAACGAGACCAACCUUGACCAGAGAUUCGGUACGCCUCCUUCGAAGCCAGCUGUUGGCAAUAACUCAAAUAAUCAAAGCCAAGAUACAGCAUCCACAAAAUCUUCACAUGAAUCUAAUCCACCAACAGACAGUGACGAGCAUCGGAUUGAGCCAAUGGGAACGGUGCAAGUGACAUUGGGUCGAGUUUGGAACAAUAUUCAAUGCCUGGAAGAUACAACAACUGAUCCUGCAAAAGAGGUGGGCGAAAACGAAAAUAGAAUGAUGAAUCUACUUGAGUCAGUAUGCUCGCCAUGUAAGCCAAGGAAUCUAGGAGACACAUUUUCUGUAAAUUGCGAAGAUGACACGCCUUUGGGGAUUUCUAGACUUGCACCUCCAAAUCCUUGUCUUCAGCCACCCAAUGAUUCGAACAAAAAUAACACUGUAGCCUGUGAUGAAAAAUCCACGAACACGGUAGAGACAGCCGCUGAUCGAAGGAGGCAACGACACAAGCGGCGUCAACUCAAAAGCGGUGCAGGUGGUGACGACACGAGCCCUCAGGAAGCAUACGAAGUCACUCCUGAUCAAGUCAUGAUGAUGCGGAAGGAACAGAAAAAACCGUCAAUGAUACUCCCUCGUCCUCUUCCACUGAAAUCCUUGGAGUUGAAUUCCAACCAAGCAGUAGAAUUGGAAAGGUGCAUAUCAGAAUUAACAAUGCGCUCGUCCUACGGUGAGGCCACUGCAAAAAUCGCAGAAAACAGAAGAAUGGCAUACUACGCUGUAGGGAAACAUCAUCGACAAUCAGGGCGUGGAGGCAAUCGACGAUGCUACUUCACUGGAAAACUUAUCCUUGGUGGAGCUCCUUUUUAUGCCGGUAGUGUGCAGCAAGGUCUCAGAACGCUUGUUGUGUUUUGCUUGCCUUCCGCUGUCGGUUUACCGAAAGAAGUUCAAGCAACUAGUUCGAACUCAUCACGAGCUCCAACMAUAGCCAGCCUCGGUUCCGGACGUAGAUCAAAUAUGUCAAGCAGCAACGCCAGCGUCGCUCAAUCUCUUGGUGUUGGUGGAAACCCCAGAAGCAUUGCUGGGGCCUCUUUGUUGAGUAGGAAGAAUUCCAGGGUUUCCCGAUUAUCAAGUGUUGACGAUGCUACAUCUUUGGGCUGUAGCGUGGAAGAAGAACUUGAUCCAAAUUGGGAGCUUGACAGAGAGUACUUAUUGGGUGUGCUGCCAGAUCCAACGCAGGAGUUGCUUGACGAAAUGGCAAUGCGGUAUCCAACACAGUUUGAAACUCUCCCCGUCCAGGUCCGUUCCCCCUCUUGCUGGAGUUUGUUCGUAAAGUUCUGCUUCUUUUCAGGUCUACCUAUCGCCGAAGGAGAGAUGCAUUACAAAGUAAGGGAUAACAUUGCGGAUCGGUAUGGUGAGGAGAUCAUUUUGAGCCAUGAAGUAAUGGAAGCUGUCAAUGGAGAAUCUGCCGAGAUCCUACGAUUGCCUAACCUGAAGACAUUUCGAUAUUUAAGGAAACAUUAUCAUCAGCAGUCGGCAAAGCUUCCUGAUAAUUGCUUUCAGCGGCAGGCAUGGGAAAUGGUGCGACCAGAGGUCUAGUAUAGAUAUGACUAGGUAAUAUGAUUCCAUAACGCAUUUUCAACUUCAAGAAAGCGAUGUUUCAACUAUGUACGACAAAUUGAAUUGUAGACAUCAGAAUCCUCAUGAAAAACUGGUCUAGGCACUACAUCAAAAAAAUGAAAAUGGUAUUUUUUGUAAAGUUGUGUACCUGCCUGAAGGUUGGAUAGUUACAGUACGAGUACUCUAACCACAGGUAGUAGAAGCAGCAGUGAUAAGUUGAGAAAACCUUGGAGCUACGCUACAUCUUCUUUGUACCAGGACGUUACGAAACGACUCAUAACCAGAUACUUUAAGCUACUGGACUUAUGACUAAGCUACUGAGUCACAUGCCUACUGAUAUAUAAGGCGGCCUGAGAAUAGGGAGGGGUGAUUACUGCUGUCUGUAGGAUAUCAGACUGUGGGUAUGAUUCAUACAUAUGA